GAAGUUUUUUAGUCUUGGCGGCGGACAAACUCUAAAUCGAUAUCGCCGUCAAAACAUUUUCCUCCGUUCUCGCGCUGCCAAAGAUCCCAAGGUCUACAAACCCAUCGCCACGAGGCAGUAACCAGUCAGGCCGGGUUUCUGAGGUUGACUUGUCUUGGUAUCUACUGUGCUGCUACGAUUUUAAAUCAGCUUUAACCGUCUAUCCCGCCAAUUUCACCCCUAGACCCUGAGCCUGCAGUAUCCUUCCACAGCGCCCGGACAAUGCUCAUCCCAACUAUAUAUACGCAGCCUGGCGUGGUGCGGACGGCUCUGUUACGGAACCACACUGCCACACUGUCAGCUGCAUUCGCAGUGCGAGCGGUCUCCCGGCGAUCAUUGACACAUCGAACUUCCUUGUUCCCUACCACCUCAUCUCAAACCCUCGUCCCUUCAUCAAGACACCCAAUUUCGAAUACUUCACCGUUAUAUCCUGCCCCCCCUGCGCAACUAAAUUCGAUAUGGGCUAUUCUCCCAGCCAGACGAUCCUUUCAAACGGGAUGCAGGCUAUGGCAACAAAAGCAAAAGGAGCCGGAACAACCAAGUGCGGAGAGUCAGAAAGCAGAUAAAUCUUCGCAAAACGCAAAAAACGAGGGAGAGGAGCAGAAGGAAAAUUCCCAGGAGGAAGGAAAGAAGAAAAAAGAAGAGCCACCCCCUCCUCCACCUCCCCAUGGUGAUAAAACUCCAUGGCAAGUGUUCACUGAAACCCUACGAUCCGAGUUCAAGGCCUCGAAGGAAUGGAAUGAAUCAACGAAAGCCUUAGCUUCAUCUGCUCAUCAGUUUACCGAAAGUGAAUCUGUUAAGCGCGCUAGAGCUGCGUAUGAGGCUGCUUCUGGUGCCGCUACUUCCAAAACUUCUUCAGCUAUUAAGACCACCGGUAAGGUUAUUGGUCAGGGAGCCGCAUGGACAUGGGAUACCCCGGUUGUCAAGGGGCUCAGAUCAGGAGUAUCUGCCACCGGAAAGGGUAUCGAAAAAGCUACAAGGCCCGUUCGUGAAACUGCCGCGUAUAAAACGGCGGUUGGGGGGGUGAAGGAAGCUAUAGAUGAUGGUAGUAGCUCUAGAUACGGAGGCUGGAUGGAGAAGGAGGAGCGACGAAAGCAAAGAGAGCUUCGGGAACUUGCCGAGGCUAAAGCUGGCCGUCGUCCCUUAGAGAAAAUGGAGGAAGAUCCGAAUGCCGGCACCAACGUCACCCUUCACAAAGACGCUGCUUGGAAAGAGUCGUGGAAAGAAUUCCGAGACUCUAGUCGUCUCAUGCAAUCCUAUUUCAACCUUAAACAUACAUAUAAUGAAUCCGAAAAUCCGUUAGUCACAACAGCCCGGGGCAUUUCAGAUACGGUUGCUGGUUGGUUUGCAGAAAUGAAACGGCUAAGGUCAUCAAAAAGUUCCGAGAAAUGGAUCCCAGCUUCCAAAUCGAACCUUUCUUGCGGGAAUUACGGGAAUAUAUGUUACCCGAGGUGCUUGACGCGUACGUUAAAGGGGACGUUGAGACUCUUAAGCUUUGGCUUUCAGAAGCCCAGUAUAACGUUUAUGCUGCUCUCGCCCAACAAUACACUACCGCUGGACUGAAAUCAGACGGCCGAAUCCUCGAUAUCCGACAUGUCGAUAUCUCCCAUGCCCGCAUGCUUGAACCAGGCGACAUCCCAGUUUUCAUUAUCACCUGCAGAACACAGGAGGUUCAUGUCUAUCGCAAUGUUAAAACCAAGGAACUGGCUGCUGGUAUGGAAGACAAGGUCCAACUAGUCACUUAUGCCAUUGGUAUGACCAGAAUUCCAGAAGACGUGAACAACCCUGAAACUCGAGGAUGGAGAAUGAUCGAACUGCAAAAGGCGGGGCGCGAUUAUAUCUAAGGCAUAUCUUUUCCUUAAUGCGAAGUUCCUUUCAGUCUCGACAAAUCUACCAGCAGUAGCCUUGCUAUAUUCUCCCGAAAUAACUCUCGAUUCAUCCGCCUUCCUCGAAUAACCCCUUAUGUACUACGAUCUACGAUCGACCGGAUUUCGACACAUGGUUUUUCUUUUUUCCCCUAUUGCUUUUUUUGUGCCGACUACUUCCCGGCUGUAUACUAUUAUAUGGAUUGGAGUCUUAUAGAAAUGUAGAAAUGUGUGGUGGGAUAAAUCUAAUUGCAGUUUUAUUAAGUGUAUUGUCAUCUUCCAUUUGUUUUCUGCUUUCUUUAACUUGUACUUUUUUUUAUUUUUUUUAUUUUUUAUUUUUUAUUUUCUUACGUAUUCUCAGCAGAACUAUUCUCAUAUCCUCCCUCUCCUCUUAUAUUGUAUAUAUGGCAACUUUGGAUCGCGUCCGUUUCUUGUUUAGCGUUUUCUCUAUACAGGGCAUCAUAGGUCGAAACGUGAGAGCUUGUUUAAAAUAUUAUCAAAAGAAUUCCUUAUCAGAAUCGUCUCUUUUUCAUUGGUUUUUUUACAUCCUUAAAAUUGAUCAUAGAUGUUCUCUUUUCCAUGAAAUUCUACCUCACAGCGUGUUUGGGUCUUUGGCGUAGCUAUUUCUGCCGCUGAAGCAAGGAAGAGGGAGUUUACCGGAUAGACAUAGCGGCCCGGAACGAUAAGCAGAGAAUAAAAUAUAGGGAUAUCGAUCUGUUUAUUAUUAAAAUGUAACAGCACUACAUCCAUUGCUAUAUGAAGCCAAUAAAAACACCAUUUUCAC